AUGCAAGAGGGCCGAACGAAGAGGCCCCCUACCCCCGCACGGACAAAUUGGAUAAGGCGAGCUGUGAAACCUCCUAAUAACACGAGCCCCACCUCGCGCUGUCGGAGAAGAUUUACGGCGCGCUACGUUGAGCACGCGCCAGAGCACGCAAAAAUCUCGGCAUGGAAAGCCGGGAAUCUACUUUUCUCUAAUUUCUACUCGUUUGACAUACGAAAAUUGAUUGGUCAUCUCGGCAAGCGCAUUGUGGAGACCGUUACCGGUUGGAGAUUCGUUUGUAAGGUGGCUCAUAGCAUUUGUGAGCCCAUCAGACUUCGUUUGAUGGUCGCAAAAGCUGAAUCCCUGGAUCUGAACCCGCAAUCAUUGCGUGCCGCCCAAUCAUUCAAGCUUUCCUCGACGACCAAGACAUCAUGGAAGGUCAAGCGCGACGGUGAAGAGAGUGACGAUGAGGAAGAUCUCGAUGACGAUGACAUCUACCCACCGGCCGACCCAUUUUUCCUUUGCGCCUGUCAGCCGGGAACAUCGGGAACCCUUUGUGAAUUCAACCCCGACGAUUGCCCGUAUAAACAAAGAUUAAAAAUGGAGAUGAUGAAC